AUGGUCAGCACCAUGUCAGUGGGAUAUGACCAUGUUUCCCUGGAGGAGCUGAAGAAGACAGGAACCAGGUUAGGAUAUACGCCAGAGGUACUGACAGAAGCAGCUGCUGAAUUGACAGUGGCUCUUCUUCUAGCAACAUCUUGUCAGCUCUUGGAGGCUGUGGAUGAAGCUAAGGUCAGCGGCUGGGGCAGCUGGAAACCUCUCUGGAUGUGUGGCUAUGGUCUGACUGACAGCACCAUGGGGAUACUGGGUCUUGGAUGCAUAGGAACAGCUGUGGCCAUGCACUUGAAGCCAUUUGGAGUCAGGAAGUUCCUCUACAUCAACACUGCUCCCCAGCCCAAAAUGGCUGCUGCAAUCCCAACAGAGUUUGUGCCACUGGAGGAAAUGGCCAGGUGUUCAGACUUCAUCACUGUGUGUUGCGUGCUGUCUCCAGGAUCACAGAGCAUCUGCAACAGUAGCAUGUUCUCCCAAAUGAAAGAUACCACCAUAUUCAGCAAUAGGAGCAGGGGAAGUGUAGUGAACCAGGAUGACCUAUACCAGGCUCUGGCCAGUGGUCACAUUGCAGCUGCUGGUCUGGAUGUUAUGGUGCCUGAACCUCUGCCUACAGAUCAUCCUCUUUUCAAAUUUAAAAACUGUGUGAUUCUGCCACACAUCACAAAUGCCACAUGGAGUAGGGUUGUCAAAGGGUGUUACAGAGAUCCCCCAACUGCUCUCUGCAAGGGAGAGAUCCUAACUGAAAACUUGAUUAUUUACAUUUUGUUUUAAUGACAAGCUGUUGGACCACCUGCAAACUGAAUGCAGGUCUUACUCUAGAGAAGGAAAAGGCCCAUGCUAGUCAUGUGGAAGGAUGGAGGUGCUCCUCAACUAUCAGAUAGACUGUGACCUCUCCACACUGGAUUAUCAGCCAGGCGCUGUCACCUCUCUCCAUA